GACACUCAACGUGCUUAACAUUCUCGUUUCGGGUAACUUCAUGGAGCAAUUCUCAACGACCUUGUCAAGGUUUGAAGACUUACCGAGGAUUUAGUAUUAUAUUUAUUUAUUUAUGAUGUGGCUAUUUAACUAUCACAAAAUGACGUUUGUACUCACAAAGUGACUGGACGACCAACACUGUUUAACAGCUGGCAUUAUAAAGUAUGACCUUCAGCAAAAGGGUUUAGCAGGAAGGACGAGAUCGCUUCACUAGGCUGUCAGGGAAGUCACUUGUUGUAGCCAAUGUCACUUUUUAAACAGGGAUGCGGGAGAAUCGCAAAUCCUGCACGGCACUAGCAUUUCAAAACGUUUCUUAAACUGGCAUUAAAUGAUUGCUUGAAACCACAGACGUAAUAGUAGCAACAAUAGUAAUAAAGACAAUAAUAAUAAUAACACAGGCAGCUUUUACUGAAUUAGCCAGCUCGCAUUAAUCUUGAGUACACAACUCGUGAAUGCAAAACUGGACUGGUGCUGCAUGGACAGCUCCACUAAGUUGCGUGGAGGAAACCAAUUGUAGAUUUAUCUUCCCUAUCAGAGGAUGCCAAGGAGAUAUGAUGCCUGCCCAACAAACUCAAUUUACGUGCUAGCAUUUAUAUUUCCUAAAUGCUUUCUUGUUUUACGUUUGUUGAAUUUUCCGGUGUUGGUUGGCAUUUUAUCACGCGCGCCCCCGCCUGCGCGCACUCCUUUUGAUUCUUAAUAUGUAAAUGGCUAUAUUUUAGUACAAAGGUGGACUUCAUAUCCAAGUUCUUCGAAGUCAUCUUGCUAGAAGUAAUCAUUGCGCGCUUAUUUUUGCUGUAUAUUCCCAGCGUAUUGCAGCCAUUGCAGCUGGAUAACACCUUAAGCAAUGACAAUGAUGAUUAUUAAGACAAUAAACGUCCGUUGGUGCAUCAGUUCUCCUCCCCCUCUAACCCAUGAAAGUAGCAGCAUCACUGGAAAAUGUCAACUAAAACCUACCUGCGCAGAACCUGUCGGACUAAGCAGCAGUCUUAGCUCCAGUACACUAGCCGCCAGAGCCUGGAUCUGGUGCUAACUGGGAACUGUUCAUUAAUACAGCUGCCUGUUGGGCGUGUCCCCCAAAGGUUUCACUUUCUUAGCCAAAGGACACCUGUUUAUUGAGAACUGAUCAUCUUUUGGGAAGUGAUAAUUAAGCAGAUCAUCUCCACUCAGGCUGACUGGGCUCCCAAGGAGAAACUGAAGGGGAAGACAUGAAGGUGACUUGUUAGUGACGAGCCUGGUGGAGCGCUGGCAUUCUCAUUCACUUCAGACUGCGUGGAGCACCCAGGCAAAAGGAAGGGCGCGUUAAGAUUCUGGAGAGACCCUCUCUCGCCAUAAUAACAGUAAGACCACACACACGCACGCACACACAUAAAGUCUCCUUGCGCAGAUUACAGUAUUUACUGAAAUGAAGGGUGAACAACACAUCAACACCUCAGAAGAGAGCAUUCAUUGAAUGACUUAAAGGAUAAAAGCUGCCUCUGGCUAUCAGUGGAGACCUGAUAGCUGAGCUGGUUUACCACAUAGGAAGCAGUAUGAGGGGCACCGAGUUCCUGCACUGCCUCCCCUCCAAGGCUUUUCCUUGAAAUCGUUAGCAGUGGCAAGUCAUGUCUGAAAGGAAGAAAUGGGCAAGAUCGAUGACAACGAGAGGAUAAUCCUCAACGUCGGAGGUACGCGGCACGAAACCUACCGAAACACCCUCAAAACUCUCCCGGGGACCCGGCUGGCUCUGCUUGCAUCGGAGUCUGACAGUUACUCCUUGUCUUCUGUCAGUGGAGCAGAUCAGCAACAAGUGUCGCAGGCUAUAGGUUGCAUAGAAUACAACCCCCGCACCAACGAGUAUUUCUUCGACCGCCAUCCAGGUGUCUUUGCAUAUGUACUCAAUUAUUACCGCACGGGCAAGUUGCACUGUCCCGCUGACGUGUGCGGCCCCUUGUUCGAAGAAGAACUCGCCUUCUGGGGCAUAGACGAAACGGACGUGGAGCCCUGUUGCUGGAUGACCUACCGUCAACAUCGUGAUGCUGAAGAGGCACUAGACAUUUUUGAGACUCCCGACCUACUCACUGGUGGAGAUACUGGAGAAAACGAGGAAGAAGAGCAACUUGCCACCAAAAGAUUAGGUAUUGAAGACGUUCUGGGACACGAUGGCAAGUUGAGCCGUUGGAAGAGAUGGAGGCCACGAAUAUGGGCAUUAUUCGAGGAUCCCUAUUCCUCCCGGGCUGCGAGGUUUAUUGCAUUUGCUUCGUUAUUCUUCAUCCUUGUCUCAAUCACAACAUUUUGUCUGGAGACCCAUGAAGCUUUCAAUAAAGUUAUAAACAAAACAGAAAUUAUAAACAAUGGAUCUGAUGUGGACUUUCAGUAUGAAAUAGUAACUGAUGUUGCACUGACUUACGUGGAAGGUGUCUGCGUAGCAUGGUUUACAUUUGAAUUUUUAGUACGUGUUAUAUUUUGCCCUGAUAAGCUUGAAUUCAUCAAAAACCUUUUGAACAUUAUUGACUUUGUUGCAAUCCUACCAUUUUAUUUAGAGGUAGGACUAAGUGGACUCUCUUCCAAAGCUGCUAAGGAUGUCUUAGGCUUCCUCAGGGUUGUAAGGUUUGUCAGAAUUCUGCGAAUCUUCAAAUUGACCCGCCACUUUGUAGGGCUUCGAGUGCUGGGACAUACACUCCGAGCUAGCACUAAUGAAUUUUUGCUUCUUAUUAUAUUUUUGGCUCUUGGUGUAUUGAUAUUUGCAACCAUGAUCUACUACGCCGAGAGAAUAGGAGCCAAUCCAAAAGAUCCAUCAGCCAAUGAACAUACCCAAUUUAAAAAUAUUCCUAUUGGCUUCUGGUGGGCAGUGGUCACCAUGACAACACUUGGAUAUGGUGAUAUGUAUCCUAAGACAUGGUCUGGCAUGGUUGUUGGUGCCCUCUGUGCUCUGGCAGGUGUACUGACCAUUGCAAUGCCAGUACCAGUCAUUGUGAACAAUUUUGGAAUGUACUACUCCUUGGCCAUGGCAAAGCAGAAACUUCCUAGGAAAAGAAAGAAGCACAUUCCUCAUCCUCCACAAGCAGGGUCUCCAACCUACUGCAAGGCAAACAUGAACACAGCAUAUAACAGCACAAAGGGAGAUGCUUGCCUUGGCAUAGAGAACAAACUGAUGGACCACAGCAGAGCAGUCUUGUCAGGUGAAGAGAGUGCAGGAAGUAAUCAGCCGUUGUCUCCAGAAGAGCGACUCCCCAUCAGACGUUCUAGCACCAGAGAUAAAAACAGAAGAGGGGCAACAUGUUUCUUACUGACAACAGGUGAAUACACAUGUGCUACUGAUGGAGGGAUCAAGAAAGGAUAUGAAAAAUCAAGAAGCUUAAACAACAUAGCUGGCUUGGCUGGCAAUGCUCUAAGACUGUCUCCAGUAACUUCACCCUACAACUCACCUUGUCCACUGAGACGUUCACGAUCUCCCAUUCCAUCUAUCUUAUAAAUUUGACUGCAUCAAUGGGCCUAGUAGAUGUAUUUGUAUGUUAAAUAAAGCAUUUCAGGAAUUAAAAAAAAUGUAGAAUUUAUGUACUCCUAACUAUUAACAGAGCAUGAUAUUAGUAAUAUUAGUAUAAUAUAGUGCUAGAUGACUACUAGAAUAGUCCUAUCUUGGCUUCUAAUGUUAACUAAAGAAAUACUUUGAAUUAAUGUCUACUAACUGCCCUUCUUUACUCUGGCAAUAAAAUGACAUUUUGUGGGUCUUAUUGGCCAGUAAUUUCAACAUUCAAAUAUUAUUUCAGGGAAACUCAAUAUUUAACAAUGUGCUUCCAAUAUCUAAUCAUUUUUUUAUUUGACCACCUUUACUUUGAGACUGGUUUGACCAAUUGUGAAGAUGCAUCACAUCGUAUCAUGUUGGCAGUUGCACACAGUUUGACUUGGGGUCAGAUCACUUGCAUGGAUCAUCCUGUCUCGUCUCAUCUUCUGAGAGCACUGUUGCAGUUUUCUGGGAUGCAAAUGUCUCUGGAUAUGUGUUCUUGCAAUGCACCUUUUUUGCUGCACCAAGCAUUAACCUUCUGUUCUGCAUGUCAGUAUUGUCUUUUAGUUAUGCUCUCAUUUUCAAGUAUGUUGUAUAAGAUUUCUGAAUAUUUCCGGUUGUUUACAUGCAGAUAAUUGCAAAGAGGUUGUCUUUACUGGUUACACGCAAGCAGAAGCCAUCUCUCUUACUUAAUGCUUGAGAAAGGCACAAAACCAUGAAAUGAAAGUUAAAGGAUUUCAUCCAGGCUUCUUACUGCUUUCAGCGAGCAAGAGCUGUGGUGUACAACAUGGCUGUGUCUCCAAGGUUGUUCAGUCCUCCAUCAGGCAGAGCUCUCAGAAUUGCUUUCACACAUUUUACAGAGGAUGAAAGGAUGAUGACUCCUAGAUUUACCAGCCUUUACAAGUUGUACAAGGUUGUCUAAAAUUAAUUUUAUCAUUUGGAAUUGUUUUAUUUUUCAUUUUUAUAUCCAUUCAUUAUUUUCCAUUUAUUUUUCUCUUAUUGUCUUUCUACUUGUCUUAAUAAAUGUAGGAAUAUGCAAAUUCAUAGGCAUUUGUUAUUCAAAACAGAUGUCUGCUAUAUAUAGUGUCUGUAUGUGAUCUUGUAUAUAAACAACUGAACAAGAGAUAUAUGCAAACAUAUUAAAUGUAUAGUACUGUCUGUCAAGAAAAAUACAGAUCGAUCACUGUUUUUGAUAAAUUUUAGUUUAUAGCUAGUGUAUUUUUAUUCGGUUUGAAUAACAAAUAUUUAUGUUAUCAGUUUAAUUUUUCUGCCUGUCAUCUUAAGUAAAGCAAACAUUUCAUUAGUAGUCUUAUCUCUUUGUGAAACCAAACUCGAAAACUAGCAUUUUCAUAGGGUAAUAAGUACCAACACUAAGCCUGACUAUAUAUUUCCAUGAUAGGUGGUUUGUGCAGCAUUUCUGUAAUACAUGAAACCAUGAAGACAAGCUGUAGCCUUAUGAACAUGUUACUCACAUGUUAAUGAGUUGCUUGAAUGAAUACAUGGACUGUAAUUUUAGUGUUCUAAAGAGAAAAAAUAUUUCCCUAAUCUCAAGUCUCUGUUUACUACAGAGUAACUGACAUGGUUAUUUACAUGUCUGAGCUGCAUCUAACUUCAUGAUUUGAUAAACCAGCAUUCUCCAUAAAGAAUAUUGUACGCAAGUCUCCAUGGGGACAUAGAAAGCCUUUUCUUGCUGAAACACGAUGAAAGAAAUUAACUACUCUCUAGACACUUUCAGCAUGCAUCCCAUUCUAGAUGCAUUUAUUCAAGCCAAUUGGCUAACAGUGACAGAGGGAGAGAAAGCAUAUGUGAGAAAGAGAGAGAGAGAGAGAGUGUGCACACAACAGAGAGAGAGUAAGUGAGAGAGAGAGAGAGAGAGAGAGAGAGAGAGGGUUAGAUAUUCCAGAGAAGUGUAACAUUUAAGAGUAAGAAUAUGUAAGUAGAUAUCUUAGAACAUGCUGAAACUGUUAAAUGACCUCCAGAUUUUCAUACAGAGUAUACAUAUAUUUUUCUUGUCAGAAAUUAUAAAUUAAAUUUUAUGAUACAAUGUAUAUACCCUAGUCUUAUAGCAUGCGCUGCAUGUCAAAGUUGUGUAAGAUAAUAUAACAUUCAAAUAUACAUUUCUGAUAUUUAGAGAUGUUCAUGUUUGAAUUUCAUUACCAUUGCCAACAGACUUAUUUAUUCAGAAAAAAAACUUUUAGUACCUAAAUAAGUAUAAUACCGGUGCUGCUAUUACUUAAUGCACAGUUGGGUAGUAUUUACAAAGGAUUUGUUAGGGACUGAAAAAAAAGGACAACAGACUUUAUCCAGAAUAUUCAUAAAGAAUACUUCAGUAAGCCUUUGUUAAGAUAAGCCCUGUUGAGUGUAUCAUGCCUUGAAAUGGUCAGUAGCUUAACUGAAAAUAUAAUAUCUAAUGAGCACACAGUAUGAAAUCUGAUGAACUUUUCAAUAAGUGAUUUGACUUUACUGUCUCUAUGAAUCAGCUGUAAAUUGAAUGUGUGCAUGAGCUACAAACAUGUGUCAUCUGUACUAAAGCAAGCUGCAUUCAAAUUCAUCAAUGAAACUGUUGUGUAGAGGUCCAAAUGUCUAUAUGUUAACCUCAUAGUCCUGACAAUAAAUUUAUAUUGUAUUGCUGUAGUAUAUAUAAAGGCACACAGUUAUAUUAUGGCAUAAAUAAACAAUGUAACAGUUGGUCCUUUCUGUGUUUUCUUCUUCUCGUCUAAUGGGUAACAUUAUUAAUGCAUUUUAUUUUAGUUUAGAUGUAGUUCCUGGUGUGUUUAUACAUUUGUAUGUAGCAUGUUUGUAUGUUUAUAUGUAUGUUUUGUGUGUAUGUGCACUGUGUUAUGGGUUGACAGUAGUCUGUUUUGUAUUUUUGUAAUUUAUGUUUAAGUGUAUACUUCAGUUUCACAAUAGAAUUGUAUUUAUGGGUUAUAAUCACAGGUAUUUUCACAACACAUUUUCCAUUGAUACCUCAGAUUCCACAUGUAUUGUGAAAGUAAAUAAAAUUUAUGAACUGAA